AUGAGGUCCCUGCUUCUAAAAGGAAAAAUAAUCAGUGUGUCCUUAUACAGGAUACAAAGAAUGGAGUCAAAACCCUCAAGAAUUCCUCGAAGGAUAUCUGUUCAGGCCUCCAGCUCUUCGCUAGGAUCUAGAACGUUGGCUGGAAACAGUUUAGCUGGUGCAUAUAAUGCAAGAGAAUCUUCACGGAGAUUAGAAUCUGGAUACCAGGAAUCCAGCGUAUUGAAUAGUUCCAGUAGAGACUGGGGAAUUGGAGAAAGAGACGCCCAUGAAACUCCUUGGAAGCUUACAACGUCCUCUCCAACUCGCUACUCAGGGACACUUGAUCAUCCACACUCUGGAAGAUUUUUGGGAAGCAGAAGCAGAUUGUCUACAUCUUCUUCCUCUCAUUUUACAUCUGGGUGUUAUGGUGAGUCUGAGAGAACUCAGGGAGCAUAUUCAAGACUGCAUAGCCAGCAGCGAGAUAGUGAUUCAAAGAGACCUAAGCUAUCUUGUACAUCUACCUCUUCAGUGAGAAGUAAUGGCUUGACUGCCUUUUCAGAUUCCUCUUGGAGGUACAGUAGGAUUCCUAGAUCUUCAUCAGUGAUGCUUGGGUCCCUUGGAACUGAGCUGGUGAGAGAGCGGAGAGAGUUAGAAAGAAGAACAGAUCUGUCUGUCAAUAACCUGGUGGAUCACAGCUACAGAAACAGUGACUUUUCAUCUUCAACAU